CACACCCACUUCACACCGUCACCCACAUCUCGGACGCCCAUCCCCGACUAUAGACCCCCGGUACACAACUCACCAGCUAUUCACGGACACGACCAGCGGCUUUCUGCACCACUUAAAGACAGCAAUAUCAGGAGCUUUACGCUUUGCGGAGGAGAGAGAGACACAGGAUCCACCAACACUCAUUUAAGAUUACUUAGAGAAGGAGACUUUUUUGAAAACGAUGGCCAACUCCGGCGUUCAGCUGUUGGGAUUUUUCCUGUCGCUAAUUGGCAUCGUCGGACUGAUCAUCGGAACUAUUCUGCCGCAGUGGAAGAUGUCAGCAUACAUCGGGGACAACAUCAUCACAGCGGUGGCCAUGUACCAGGGGCUGUGGAUGUCAUGCGCUUUCCAAAGUACCGGACAGCUCCAGUGUAAAAUCUAUGACUCCAUUCUGCAGCUCGACAGUUCGCUCCAGGCGACUCGUGCCUUGAUGAUAGUUGGCAUCAUUGUGUCCAUCGCAGGUCUGGGUGUGGCCUGUAUGGGAAUGAAGUGUACCACCUGUGGAGGGAGUGAGAAGCUACGCAAGUCCCGCAUCGCCAUGACAGGAGGAAUCAUCCUACUAGUGGGGGGGCUGUGUGCCAUCGUAGCGUGCUCCUGGUUUGCUCAUAAUGUGAUCCGGGCAUUCUAUAAUCCCUACACCCCGGUCAACACCAAGUUUGAGUUUGGCGCUGCCAUCUUCAUCGCCUGGGGCGGCUCCCUCCUAGAUGUCCUGGGCGGAGCCAUGUUGGCUGCUUCCUGUCCACGAAAGAAACAAGUAUCCAAGUACCCACCCAUGGCCAGCUCCCGCUCUGGUCCGCCAAGCAGCACUAAAGAAUAUGUCUGAGAGCGCCCCCUACAGCUCUGGACUCCAACAGAAGCUAAUGAAGAAGCUUACCCCUUUGUUGCAGCGUCGGCGAGGAGUAAAGCUGAAGGUGUAUGGAAAGUUGUGAAUCAUAGAGGCAAAAAAUUACUGAAAUGGAACUUUCUUUUCUUUUUGUUCAGGCAGGUCUUUGAUAACCCCUUGAUGAUCAUGCAGCGCUCUCAAUUCUUUCAUGAAUGAUGUCUCUCACCCCGUCCACAUAUUCCACAAUUGUUUACAAGUGAUUUUCACAAAUACAUUAUAAUUGGAUCCCCUGACUUAAUAGUGAACCCCCGGGUGGGGGUGGGGGCACUUGCACUUCCAUGCUGGAGCCAGCAUCUGUUAGCAUUUGCCAUGUAAUUGAAAGUAAUCAAUUCCAGUUUGGUGGCUAGGCUGUGACUCAGGGUGACAAUACAGUGUUUUAUAUGACCUGUUGGUGGUUCUAAAAUAGACGUUACGAUGAGCAGGGUGCGACUUCACACACAGUGCUCACUGUGUAGGGUGACUGUAUCACACAGGCCUUUUACUACAACAGUCACUACAGGCCCUGCAGCUCUUCAUACCAGUCUGUUACAAACCCUGCUCAGAUAUGAAAUAUUUUAUUAUGUAGUCACCAUGCCAUUAUCGCUCAGAUUGCUUCCAUAUCAGCCACUAGGAGACUGAACUGCCUCUAUUUAUUUUGCUUUUGUUUUUUUUGCUCCGGUGUAGAUUUAUAUAAUUGGUAGUUUACUGUGUAGUUCACUUCUAGCUUUUAGAAAUGUUAAAGUCAUAUUUUUAUGAAGAGGUUUUAUGCUCUGAACAAUGUGUGCUUUUAAAUUUAAUAGUUUUAUACUCUCGCCGCAUGUAGCAAAUAAUGGCGUUUUUAACAUGUCAAACAGUACAUAAAUAAUAAAGACACUGCAACAUUGUUAAUUAUGUGGUGGUCAUAGCAGCUGAUUAUGCGGUAGUUCUUCUUCAUUGUUAGAAACAAAGACACCAGUUUUAAGAGUAUGUGACACAAACAGCAAAUGCUCCACACGAUGCUGUGUUACUAACUGCAGGCAACCAACCAACAUGUGACUGUAGUCUGGUUGAGGAGUUUAAAGAUUUGUACCUCUGUAUAUGUUCACAUUUUAUAUCAGUCAACACAACAAAUACAAUUUUUGGGGGGGGGAAUAUGAUUUGACAGAAAAUUUAUAUUUGAAACUUGUGUGAAAUGCUCCGCAAACCAAUAUCUGAAAUGUGUGUUAAAGUUUAAAUAACGUUAUGAGUGCAUGUG